AUGGGAAAGAAUUUAAUUAAAGGUGUUACAAUUAAUUUCCAAACAAGAAUAAAGCUAAGUAAUUACUAUUGCUUGCAGAGUAUUUCAUGGAACAAUUCAAAAAUGAGGCGAUUUCAGUCAAUCACCGUCAAAUACCAUUCAUGUAUAUUUGAUACUUUCAAGAAGCUACAAGAAUUACCUUUUCUAACAUUUCCAGAAUUCUUUUACAUUCCAGAAUUCCACUACAUUCAUUGUAAUUAUUCAAAUGAAACAAUCUAUGAUCUUUCUUCCAAAGUUAUUCAGACAAAUGCGCCAUUCGAAUGUGUCAACUUUUCAUUGGCAUAUAUAUAUGUGAUAGAAAAUUCUAAUUUUGUACAAACAAAUACUUUACGUAUUGAUGAAUCAUUGAAUCAUUGA